GUUUCAGGAGAGAUGGCUGCUGCUUUAGAGUGGUUUUGUCGAGCAGCGAGAGAUUGAUUAAUUAGACACUGCGGGUGAAUAAUAACAGUGAACAUAGUGAUUCGGGAGACGAGGAUACAGGGUCACAUCAGCAACCCUGCCACAUUACAUAAUGGCAUUGGGGACCUGUGACGAAGUGUCUAAACACACACACACAAUAUCGUCUGUGUGACACGAUCCAGAUAGUGAAGAACGUGACGACGUGGCAAGCAGGUGAUCUCUUGCCCUGACUGCACUCUGAGAUGGAGGCGGCGGUGUUGGAGGAGGACCCCAGUGGUGCCCCGGGCCUCGACUCUCUCUCCCUCUCCUCCCUGCUGUCUCCAGACCUUGAAGAGGGAGAGGGGCUGGGCGGAGGGGAGGGGGAUGUGGAGUUGAACCCCUACGAUGGGCUGCCCUUCUCCUCACGCUACUACGAGCUGCUGAAGGAGCGCAGGCAGUUGCCGGUCUGGAGCGUCAAGUACGAGUUCCUGGAGAGCCUGGAGAGCAGCGGGGUGGUCGUCGUCUCAGGGGACCUGGGGGCCGGCAAGAGCACACAGAUCCCGCAGUGGUGUGCAGAGUAUGCUCUCUCACUGCAGUUUUCCAGCGGUCUGGUUGCCUGCACUCAGCCUCACAGCCUUGCUGCCAUAGGUCUGGCGCUGCGAGUGGCGGAUGAGAUGGAGCUGAACCUGGGCCUGGAGGUGGGAUACCGGGUCCCUUACCAGGACUGCUGCAACUCAGACACCAUGCUGCGGUUUGUGAGUGACUCUGUGCUGCUCAGUGAGAUGAUGUCGGAUCCACUGCUUCACCAGUACGGUGUUCUCGUGAUCGAUGAGACCCAGGAGCGCACUGUGCCCACGGACGUGCUGCUGGGACUGCUGAAGGAUGUGUGGCAGCAGAGAGCGGAGCUGCGUGUGGUCGUGGUGACGGCACCUUUUCUGCAGCCCAGGCUGGAGCACUUCUUUGGGGAGGCAGUGCCGCUAGUCAUCGUGCCCCGGAACAGACCUGUCACCUUGGAAACGGUGUACCGCGACCCACAGUCACGGGACUGGCACUCUGCCGCCUGUCACGUGGUCCUGGACAUUCAUCGCAAGGCAGAGCCUGGAGACGUGCUUGUCUUCCUGCCCAGCUCGCAGGUUUACAACCCUCGAAUCAGAGCGGACUCGCAGGUGUUUCGAACAAUCAGCAAGAGUCAAGCGGAGCUGCGGAGACAGAGGGUGAACAGCAGUAGUGCUGGGCUGUGUUUCCGGCUCUACCAGCAGAGUUUCCACGACUCAGACAUGCCAGAUUUCUCCGCUCCUCGAGUGUCGGAGGAGAACCUGAGUCAGCUGGUGCUGCUGCUGAAACGCCUGGACAUCGCUGACAUGGGCCAGUGCAAGUUCCUGGACCGGCCAGCGCCGGAAGCUCUGAUGCAGGCGCUGGAAGACCUGGAUUACCUGGCGGCGCUGGACGAUGAUGGUAAUCUCUCUGAAGUUGGAAUCAUCAUGUCGGAGUUCCCGCUGGACCCCCAGCUCGCGAAGGCGCUCAUCGCGUCCUGCGAGUUCGACUGUGUCAGCGAGAUGCUCACUGUGGCUGCCAUGCUGACAGCCUCUCCGUGUUUUGUGACCCCCCCUCAGCUCUCGGAGGAGGCGGCCGCUGCUCGACGCAGAGUCCUGCUGCACUCUGACGGGGAUCACUUCACGCUCAUCAACCUCUAUAACGCUUUCAGACAGCAUAAUGAGGACGAGGGCUGGUGCAGAAAGAACUUUGUGAGUCAUUCAGCUCUGAAGCGCGCUGACGUGAUCCGCUCUGAGCUGCUAGAGAUCAUGCACCGCAUCGAGCUGCCAGUGUCGCCCCCUAGCUUCGGGACUGAGGACAACGUCAAGAGAGCAUUAAUCUCGGGCUACUUCCUCAAGGUGGCUCGUGAUGUGGAUGGUUCUGGGAACUACCUGCUCCUGACUCACAAGCAUGUGGCUCACCUGCACCCCUUCUCAGGGUACCUGUCCCGCAAGCCUCUGCCACGCCCCCCCUGCUGGGUGCUGUACCACGAGUUCACCAUCUCCCAGAACAACUGCGUCAGUGUGGUCUCCGAGAUACAGCCCCAGAUGCUGGUGGAGCUAGACCCGCAGUACUACCUGGGUAACCUACCCGCCAGUGAGGGGCGAGACCUGCUGAUGGAGCUGCGUCACAAACUGUUUCUCCCAGACCCCCAGCGAGGAGAGGGGGAGGAAAAGCAGGGGGAAGUGGGCGAGGCAGAGAAUGCGGGGGCCAAGCGGCCCAAGGACCACCUGCACCAGGAGAGCCAGGAGCUCUGUGUGCUGCAGUAGGACCGGAGGGAUGCCACACAGCCCAGCCGUGUUGGGAGGAAUCCUCACUGCUGGAGUCCCUUUGUGGAAGGCUGAUUCUGAGCUGCUGUACUCCACGCUUCCUACCUGUCUGUCUGACUGACUGACUGACUGAAUGCUGAAUGCAGCAGUGGGAAUAUUCUGUCCUCCUGACUGUCUUUUAAAAAGGGCACCUGGGGACAGGUCAGCUAAACUAAAUCUGGUAAAAAGAAAAAAGCUUCAACAUUUUCCAGUCAGAGCUAGGAAUCAUAUUAGUAACACCAUCCACACUACAGGUUUGUUCUGGACUUCAGCCCCAUGGAAAUUAAUUCCAAAGCUCAUGUGCACAGUAAGAAAAUGCCUUGUAACUCUGUGCUUUGAGAUGGUCUAACAUGGUGGCCCUGACAAACCACCCAGAAAACAACACAGACACACACACAGACACUUGUGCUCUCUCAAUUAUACUGAAAAAGGGUCAUAAACUGUAGCUGGAGUCUGGGCGUGGCUGUGUUGGCUGGAGUCUGGGCUUGGCAGUGCUAAUCCAGAGAGAGGAGUUUCAAUUUCACGUCCAGUAGAGAAACUGGCCCUGAAGUCCUAUAAAGGCUCUGUGAAGUUAGAGCCCUGCUUGCUGUGCUUUUCAUUAGUGUGUGACCUUCUACAUAUGCAGGGCAAGGACAUUUUUCCAUUGGCUCAGCAAGAGUAUAUAGAAACAUGUUUGGAAACCGUUUUGCAGAGUGCCUUUCUAUAAAUGUAUGCUUCACAUUAUGAGCUUGUUCUUUACCAAUAACCAGCGGUUAUGAGUUUAGCUAACUGGUAAGAGAGGAUAUGAGUUUAUAUUUCGAAUUCAGAAAUAAUGUCAACGGUUCUUGGAGGCAUAAAUCCUCAUAAGUUCAAAGAAGAGCUGUUUCAGCCCUCUUUUCAUAACCUGGUAAAAGACCAUUCUAGUGUGUUCUGUCACACUGUUUUCAUAGCAUAAGACACAUCGACAGUCUUCAAGAGUCGGCCGUUCUGAUUGUUUGAGAGAAGUUUUAUGUUUUGUGCUGAAGUAUUAUUUAAAAGUUCACGUCAAUCAAUUGUAAGUAUAAUCACCUAGUAAUUCCCAGUAUUGGUGCAACAAAACAUUGUAACUGCUGUGUAGCAAAUGAUGUUUACAAGCCACUUGAUGCUACAGGGCAGGUCAUCUCUUUAAUGAUUCUUAUUAUUUAAUAACUGGUAUAGUUAAAUUAAUAUUACAUUCUCCUUGAAAAGAUUGUACAUUACAGGGUUGAACUUGAACUUUGAGCACAUGGUGAAUACAGUAUAGUAUGUAAAGAAUAUUUGAGGCUGAAGUUUACAAAUAUAUUAUUAUUUUAUAAAUAUCUGAAUCCUAAGUUAUUAAAUGUGUGCAUUACAAUAUAAUUAUGGUACAUGGAAAUGUCACUGUAAUUGUAUGUCUGUGUAUGCUAUUCUUUCCACAUGAUAUUUUCUCAUCAACUGACUACAACUGUACAUGUGUAGUUAGUUACACUUCAAAUCCCUUUAAGUGACAUUACAUCUGUACAGUGCUGCUGCAAAUGGUUUCUUAUGUGAGUGCAAUGUCUAGUGCAGAAUGCACAGAACCCCCUGCUGUUCCACCCCAAGCGGGGUUCUCAAGCCUUCAGUCCAAGACUGCAGCGGUUAUAAAGUGUAAUACUGUGAGACCAGAGAGACCUGGUAAUCUACAGAUUAUCUUCUUCCCUGGGACAAGCAGUCCGGUCAGUUCAGUGAUUUUCAGAUGUUGAAACAAGGAGUCUCUGGAUACUGUUAGAAACAAGUUACAGCUUUUACUAGGAAAUUACAAUAAACAGACUAGAUAUGCAACAAUCUUUCUUUCUUUACUUUAGAGGGAAUGUUGUAUGUAUAUAAUGUUUUUUACUCAUUAUUAAUGAACAUAA